AUGGCUGCCGAAACCCGAGACAACCUUGGCGGCCUGCCCACUGAGCUCUUCUGCCUGGUGGUCGAAGACCAUGGCCUGUCGACGCGUGAUCUUGGUGCUCUUGCGGCCACCUGUCGCAAAUGCUACACCAUCACCAAUCCCAUCCUCUACCAGAAGCAUAUCAAAGAGGAAGGCAGCCAAGCAUUAAUGUGGGCGGUUGAGCGCAAGCGUUUCAAGACCAUGACGAGGUUCUUGGAGAAUGGGGCCGACAUCAACAAUGAUAGGAUAUUCCGUGAAUACGUGGAUCAGGAUCAGCCAGCGGAUUCUUGGCCGGUUGUUUUCGACUGGCAUCCUCAGUCCCUUUUCACGCCACUGGCACUUGCAGCAGCUCUUGGCCUUGACAGCAUGGUCGCCUUUCUGCUGGAUCACGGUGCCGACAUUGAGAAACCAGGCAAGGGGCUGUGUCGAAAGAUCAUCGACUAUCUGUUGGACAACAAACUCGUCGACAUCAAUGAAGGCGGUUACCACGGACUGACACCGAUGCACCUCGCCUUCUACAAAAGCCACUACUCUCUCGUCGACAUGUACAUCGACCGAGGCGCAGACAUAAACGCGGUCUGGAACUCCGACGACGGUGGCUGGACAAUAUUUGGCAUGGCUUGUUUGCGAGAUGAUUUACAAAGGGCGUCGGACCUUCUGCGACGCGGUGCGGACCCCGACUUGAUACUCGAAGAUCAAUCAUACGCGACCCAAUGGACACCUCUUGGCCUCAUAUAUGGAAACCUGUAUACGGAUUAUAUCCGGAUGUGUGGCAAUCAAUGCAUCGUCAACCAUGCUACAGAUACCCGUGCAAGACGGAGGCUAGAGGAACAGAUCAUCCAGGCCAGAAUUGACAAGGCCUUGCAGCAGCAACGAGAGGAGAACACGGAUUGA